UGUCCGUCCUCGCCUCUAAAUUCAGCCGCGGAGACGAAAGCUCGCAGAUGGCUAAGUAUAUAGCGGCUCAGCUGUCGCGACUCUUAGAAGAGACGUCAAGAGCAUGCACAGGAGAAUACACGCGUACAUUCUGAGCUUGCCUUCCGGCUCAAGAUGCGACGGACGACACGAGCUUCCUCGCCCUCCUUGUGCACCUUCCGUGAAUGCAAAAGGACACCAACAGGAAAAAUGCCCCUCAAAAUUGCUACUCAGAGCGCCCAGUGAUCAGCAUUCCUGCCAAUGACUCCUUUCAUGAUAAUGAUUUGCACGCUGCAGUCCCGUCGACCCUGUCUGCAGCUGAGGACACGACGAGCUUCGUCUUCCCGGUGCUGUUGGACGUCACGGCAGAACCGCCACUGGCGAACCGAACCAGGCUGGCGCUCGACUACCCUCCGGAGUGCAUUCCGGAGGUACCUAAAGGCGUGGUCGUGCAGGUGUCAGCCCCGGCCAUGGCGUCUGGCUGGACAGGAAGCCGCAGGCUCGUCUUUCGCCUGCGCGCGCGCAGCUAUGUCGCGUCCAUCAAGACGCCGCUGCUCAACGGCACCACCUUGCGAGUAACGCUCUGGGCGAAUGAAAGCCACGGCCUCCCUUGCUCACCGAACCAGGCCUCUGCGAGCCUCAUCCUCAAUUUCCCCGUGUGUCGGCAAAAACCUGUGCCACGUUUCAAGCGAUCCGUCCACAAGCCUAGAUCUAGGCUAUCGAGCACAGACGCGGGGCCGUCGGAGGAGCGGCAUCUUGCCCAGGCGGGAGUGAACCCGAACGGUUGCCAGGUGGUCUCACUCGUCGUCGACAUAUGGUCCUUGGGCUGGCGUCGGUGGGUGCUGGCGCCGCACUCCUUCAGUGCGAACAAAUGCUUCGGAAAAUGCCGGUUCCCCGCGAUUCAGCUACUCAACAGCACCAACCACUCGACGCUGCUAAGCCUGGCCAGUGGUGUCCGUUGGAAUCCCACCAAUUACCAAGUGUGUUGCGUGCCCAUCCGCUACGAGUCACAGAGCGUCCUGUACUUCGACGACUACGGACACGUGGUGCUCAAGGCGUUCGACAACAUGCGCGUGUCGGCAUGCGGGUGCCGUUGACAAUUGAAGCCGAUGUGGUUCAACACGAAGCAGUUGGCGAGGGACGAUCGGUCUAAAACGCUAGCGGUUAUAUAUGUUGUGGCGAAGGCGCGCUGUGGCUUUGCGUUAUGCAAGGGGCCAGGGCCUCCAAGCCGUUCGCGUGCCUGUGUCAAAAGUUAAAUGCCACAGCCCACAAGAGUACAAUUUCAUCUUGGCCUGGCCGGCCUUCUGCAACACACAUGACUAACGACAGCUCUUGCUAACGACAGCUAGCCUCCUUAUUGCAUUUGCAGCACGCAGGAACACAACUAACUGCUUUCGCAUUUGUCCAUCUUAAUCUCUGUAUCUCCAGUGCACCGGGAUUGUUGCAGAAGCCACUCGUUCCUGAGAAAACUUGCAGUCACGUGCUCAUCAAGUUAUGAAUCCGAUCAGUACAAAUUAUCGCUGAUUGACUGGCGUCUGCGCCCUAUCCAAUUGCUUUAAUGAGUAAUACCAGUGAACAUGCUGUCCAAUCCGGAAACGACCAGGCGAGCAAUACGUCGUGAUAGCUUCAAGCAUCACGUGGGCAGUCCGUCCAUGCACUUUGCGCGCCCAGUUUAGUAAACAAGAAAUAUUGUUUUCAACCUCACGCUUAAGCGUGACAUUACGCUUCUAUACUAUUUGUUCCUCCUUGAUUUUGCCAUGUCCACCAGCGCAACAUUUUUGAGUAACUUUCAUUACUCAUAGCGCCUUAAGUUAUAUAUAGAAGGAAAAGGGAGUCAAAUCGCUAUGAUUGAUUGAUCGAACUUUUUGAUGAUAUUGGAAAUGUUGACAACUUUCGUUUCCGGCUCUUCGACAAAGUUUUAUUGCCAAAUGAAUAUACAAAAAUGACAUGAGGAAAUGAACAAAUAAAGGCACACGAUGAGCACUUAGCGUCAACGUGCUUCAGUCAAUGAAAAAUAUAGUGGAAGCGACAAGGCACUUGGAAAAAUGUGCACAUAAGUGUUCAGGCAAAGAAACAAGCAAUUGAAGAAAGCAGCGGAAUAUACAAAAAAAAAAAGGAAUCACAAAUGUAUGGAAACGUUGAAAUAUUUGCACAUUGAAUACACAAUUGCUGAAAAAACACAAACCAUACAUACUGAAAUAAGUAAAUAAAUAAAUGAACGAGUAAAUAAACAAGUGAUUAUAGAAAUCGAAAAAAAACCCCCAUAAAAAUAGAUGCCAACUUGUAGUUCACAAAUAGAGCGAUUCUAAAGAACAUGUUCGACGUCCUACCAUAUAUAGGUGACCGCAUUUGUAGGAAGGCAAUGUUACACGACGUAUCCGAUAAAGGAAGCUGCCCGUUUAUACAACUUUCAGCUUAACUAACAAGUGAACUAACAGUUCAAGGCGCAGUCAGCAGCUGUGUGUCCCGAUAAUGAUCAGGAGACCGGCAAUGCAUCAACAACGGAUUGCGCUUUUAAAAUCGCGUGAACUGCUGUAUCCUUCUGCAGUGCUCCUAAGAAUAUUGUCAUUGCGACGUGGACUUUAAAGCAACUAAUUAAAUAGUCAAUUAACCAUCUUAAUGAGCAGACUGCGAUGGCUAUACUUUAUUGUCCACUAUAGAACGGUGGUCAGCGAGACAAAAUGUGGACCGCUACUUGAAUGACUUUUUUUGUGGAGACAACGUUGUAUUAGUGUUUGUGAUAAGUAUAGAGUUGGAUAACGGCCUAGGCAGUGAUGUCUUUUAUGUUUUGUUAAGCUCAACAGAUGUGUAUGUUUGGACUGUCUAUCGAGGUUAGUACAUGCAGGACACCUCACCAGAGGUUGGACUGGAAAGUAUAUCCCGUAUUUGUGUAGCGGCGUAGAGAGCUGUUGGAUGUUGCUUGGGCGCUCCACCGUGGCAGUCUUAUCUUUAUUUUUAUCAUAUUUUUGUCACUAUUUAUUUAUUUAUUUAUUUAUCGAUGUAGUACAGAGAGAGAUCGAGGGGCCAUUUUCUACCCGAAUCUCUCCCAUGCGGCUUAAUUAUAACGGAAAAGUACAAGUGAUACUGGAGAACAUUUGCAAGGUGUCUUGAAUGAAAAAAAAAGAAAAAGAAAUGUGUUGCAGCUUUAUGUGAUGUUUCUUUCCUUGUACUGCGUUUUCGUUGGCGUGUGGAAAAGUUCAGUCAUGACGAUUGAGGCCACUGCGUUGUAAUAACACGUGGAAUAUACUUCGUACUUUUUCAUUAUGCGUUGACUCUUUCAAAAGUAAUGAAAAUGGGUAGAAUUUACUUUGCGAGGCCGAAGAGGCAGAUCGAUUUCAUGCAGUUGCAAGGUACUGUAAAUAAUCAUUGUUAUCAUUAGGACUUGUUUGGCUAAUUAUUUUGAGACUAAGAGAUGAUAGAAUCUUGCGAAGUUAUGUAAUAUUUGUCCAUUAUGUAUGCCAUGUUCUCUCUUUCAUAUACUAUGUGUGUUACUUGCAUGACGAUGCUUUUUUUUGUGUGUGUAUAUAGAAUAUAUUAGUGCAUCAACGCCUUAUUCAAGGAAACCCUGUGUAUUUAGGAAUUAUUCAUUUUCUUCCAUUUUAUUUCACCUUUCUUAUUUUUUUUUGCGUGUGUAUGUGUGUGAUGUACGAGUGGCUCGCUGUUCAUCGCCAAAGCAGGAGCUCAUGGCUUUGUAAGCCUGCCGAUUUCUUCGGCAGCGUUCACCACUCGCUUCCGCCAUCAUGUACUGUAAUGAGAAAUUAAAAGCAAUAUUAUUAAUAAAGCGAUAGCUUUCUUUGGCUCUGAGUGGGCAAUUAGUGCAUGAGAACUAUAUAGCUUGUCUUUAUGUCGACAGCCAACGUUUCACUCAUGCGCUGUAACAGCACCGAGAAAAACGGAGACACACACUCGCAAGUUUGUGGAACGUCUAUAGCUAACCAGACGCAUUUCUGGUUAACAUCCCUGCCUUCUCCCUUUCUCUUCUCCUCCUCCGCCCACUGGCGCCGCACAGUUUAUAAGUCCGCAUACAACCACCUCC